GAGGGAGAGCGUGCUGGUGGAGGGCGAACACACACACACACACGCACGUGCCGGUCGUCAGUGUGAUGCAGAUAGGCGAUCGAAUUUGAAAGCGCCUUCUGUGUCACUCGCAGCCUUGACUUGAACAACAACAACGACGUAGAUCGGGAGAGAUGGAAGGGGCCAAAUAAAAGUGGACGACUCCAAACGGACCGGACCAGCGCUCACAUUCAGCACGUGUGUAGCGCAGUGUGAGGCCACAGCUGUGACGACACAUCACUGAUGAAGUAUGUCUGAGAACAGCUCUGCGAGUGUGAGAAUUAGUGGACGUGUGAGUGAGACGUGAAGGCGGUCGCCAUGUCAGAGGAGGACGUGAUUAAUUGCACCAUCAGCCACGAAAUCCACCAGUACGUCUUCUCCUGUGUCUACAUAGUCGUGCUGUUGGUUGGUGUUCCCUCCAACUUGUAUUCUCUGUACCACGCUGCUGUGCAGCUGAAGCAGAAGAAUGAGCUGGGAGUUUAUUUGAUGAACCUCACCGUGUCUGAUCUGUUCUACCUGGCAUCGUUACCACUCUGGCUCCAGUACAUUUUUCAGGGUGAUGACUGGCGUCACAGGGAAUGGUUGUGUCAGCUGUGUGGCUUCCUGCUCUAUGAGAACAUCUAUAUCAGCAUCGGUUUCCUGUGCUGCAUCAGUUUAGAUCGCUACCUGGCUGUGGUUCAUCCUUUAAGGUUCACCUCCUUACGCUCCAUGCGCGCCGCGUGGCUCGUCAGUGCCAUCAUCUGGCUGAAGGAGAUAGCAGUGGGCGUGGUUUUCUUUCACCACAAAGAAGUGAGCAGAGACCGCACGAACCAGUCGGUGUGCUUCGAGCACUACCCAAUGAAGCCGUGGGAGUACCCGAUCAACUACUACCGCUUCACUGUGGGCUUCAUGUUCCCGCUGGCCAUUCUGUUGAUCAGCUACCUGUGUGUGCUGCGUGCUGUGGGUCGCAGUGCUGGGACACAACCAGUUCAGAAGAUAAGGAUCAGGCAGUUAGUCAGCAGCACCAUCCUCAUCUUCCUCGUCUGUUUCUCUCCGUACCAUGUGUUGUUGUUGAUACGCACCCUGCUGGAGCGCGACUGCAAAUUUAUCACAGGCAUUUUUAACUUCUACCACCUGUCGUUGCUGCUGACCACCUUGAACUGUGUGGCCGACCCCGCGCUCUACUGCUUUGUCAGUGAAAGUGCCCGCCACGGCUUCUACAGAGCCAUAAUCCGGCCCUUUGCUCGGGUACUCUGUUGCUGUUGUCGCCGAGGCAACGCGACUCCCGCCAACCCAGCCACCGACUCCCACGAGGUCGCCACUGACGAGAACAACGGCCACCCGACAGUGACGCUGCUCACGCACACCGCCACAAAAACAGAUUCCGUCUGCAAAAACACAAUUUUAAUCACACAGACGGAUGAAAAAACUAUCAUUCCAUUAAUUGUGCAAAAUAACGCACAUUGACAAAUGUGAAGCGGAGCUAACAACAAUAUCUAUGAAAAUAUUCCAGGGACCAAUCAGAGACUAUGGUUUCAGAGGCCUCAGGGCAGCAGGACUAAAAGGAAAAGAUUCUCAGACUAAGCUGAAGUGAGCGGAGACUGAAGGAAACACAAUGAAGGCUACAUCCGUACUACUACAUUUUUAUUUUAAGAAAAAACAUACAGUCUGUGCCUGUCGUCCACAUUAGCCCGUCGAAGUAUAAAAAUGCUGCUGGCUCCAUUUUUGCUUAAAAACUCAAAGGCUGCAUUUAAGUAGAGAUGUGCCAACAGUCAAGGCUGCCAUAUCCCAGAAUUCUUUGCGGCACAGCAAUACAACAACCAUUAAAAACCUAAAGAACAAGAAAGGACUGGAGAUGAACACAAAUGCAAACAGUGAAUGAAUAAACUAAACUCUAAACUGUUAACAAUUAACAAAAGGAGAUAUGAUUAGAUGGAGGGGGUUAGUUUUUAAGAACCUACAAGAAUUUGCAAGAAGCUUAAACACAUUUAUUUGACCUGGUCAAACCUGUGUUUGCUCUGCUACAUCAUGUCGAAAGUGAUCCGAUAUGAAUACUUAAUAAUUAUGAAAAUACUAUUCCAGGUUACUCACAGGCAUCGUUUCAUUUCCUCCUGUAUUACAUAAAAUAUUGAACAAAAAAGCCAUUAAAAAUGGCUGUUAUAUUUUAGAUAUAGUUAUUUGUAACCUAUUUACAUAUAUCUAUAUUUUUAGGAUCUUUUGGCCGACGGAGAGUUAAAGCAACAGUCAGCUUUUGAGGGGCAGGAAGACGAGCGAGUCAGGACUUCAAACUGUAGAGGGCAUUACACUGCGCUCAAUGCACAAUGUAUUUUUGAGAGAGGUACUGAGGCUUUUUAAGUCGGUAUCAUUCAGUAUUUUUGCAGUUAAGAUUAGACACUUGGCAGUUAACUACACCCGGCUGGCACCCUGUGUGUUGAAGUACCAUGUUCCCUUAAUCUCUGAUGACACGUCACGGUUAUUUAAUGUAUUAUUAAUUAUAAAAAUAUAUUUAUAUUAAUAUUAAAGGUAUACAAAUGCAUACCGUAUAUCACCUUUAACCAGAGCCAGCCCAAGGCAUAAGUGAAUAAUGUAAAAAAAAAAAAAACAUUUUAACAUAUUAAAGAAAUCCAGAUAUCUUGAGAUAUAUUUAGAUGUCUCAAUACUGUUUAUUUUGAAUUAUUUAGUUUUAUUUUGGAGUCGAAGAUUUGCUCAUUCAGUGCACAUUUGCACAUCAGUUUUGAAAACUACUUGUUUUAUUCAAGUCCAUUAUCACCACACUUGGUGCUUCACUUUGAAUAGGAAAGUAAAAAAAAUACAGUAGUGACACUGGUUUAGUCUAAAUAACACCACCAUAAUUCAUGCAAUUUACAGUCGAGCACCAGCUAAUAUACUAAAAUUCAAAUUCCGGUUAGGAUAAAGGCUUGGACUGGCACCGUCUUUAUCACUUCAUGUAGUUUCAAUGUCACUUUAUUAGUGUAGUAACAGAAAUCCCUGCUGUGACUUUUCAUCAUUACUUUCUCGUUAGUAAGCCUGACUGGGGACAUUACUUAUGAAAUGGUGCUAAAACUGUGGGAACCGGAUCAUUUUUAAUCUGCAAACACUGUUUGUUUUGUUGUUGUUUGUUUUUUAAAAAAAGUGUAGUAGUAUUGACGUAGCCUAUGAGCUGUAUGUCAGGCUCAGUCUGGCACCCAGCUGUGUGGAGCAGCAUCCACCCUCACUGGAGCGAAAACAUGUUCUUCUCUCUUUCAAAUGAUCAAGCCGUGAGCUCAGCAGCAGCGGCUGUCGAUGUAAAAUGUCUUGUAUACAUGUUAAUGUGAUGUAGAUAACAGAGCAAAUGACAGUUUCAUGUUGCAAUAAGUCUAAGGAGGUCAUCCUUGAAUUUUCCAGUUUUCCUUUUAAAGUGGUAUUAUCUUACCACCUUGUUAAUACUUAAUAAUUAUUUUACUUAUGUAUACUUUUGAAGCCAUUUCAGCGAUAGUUGAGGUUUAUUGAAGUACCGACACAUACAGCCAGUGCUGACUGUACUGUGUGUGCUCACAAGGCUCAGAUAAUAACAUCUAUGACUGCUUGAGUCUACGAUAUCUUUGUGUUUGCUUUACCGGAAACUGACGUUCUGUGAACGACUCACUCUCCUGUACCAAAGUCCAUAGAGCAAAUGUGUGUUUUUAGCUUGCGUGGACACAGAAGCUGCUUGUCUACCGCCAACAGUAGAUCAUCUGUGAAGUUCAAUUGCUGUUUUUCUCUAUGGACUUUGGUGCAGGGAGUGAGUGGUUUAAGUGGCACAGACUCUGUAGGACACAAACACCUUUAAAACCACAAAAACACCUAAGCUAUCCCUCUUAACCCUUAAAUACCUGAGCCUCAAAAGUGUUUUUGCCCCUUUUUCCAGAAUAACUUUCAAUAUCUGGCAGUUAUUGACAAUGUACUGCAUGCUAUAAGUGUAUCAACAAUUUAAAAUGAAGGAAAAACUGAAAGUUUUAUUUAGAAAAAUA